AUGAAUUUACCUGAUACGUUAUUGAAUUCAUUAUCAAUAAAAUCUGAUAAUAAUGAACCAUCUAUACCAUUAUUAUCUACACAAACACAAUCGAUUACUAACGUUGGUACUAUACAUGAUAAGCCUAUAACUGAUUUAGCUUUAAAAACACCGAUUAGUUUUUUACAAGAAAUCUGUUUUCGUAUUCAUGCAACACCAACUUAUAGUCUAUGUCCCAGUGAAGCACAAUGUACAUCAAAUGAACCAGCAUUUCUCUAUCGAGUUGUUGUCGAUGAUAUGAUUGCUUUUGGUAAAGGUUCAAGUAAAAAGCGUGCUAAACAUAAAGCUGCAUUGUGUAUGAUUGAACAAUGUUAUGCUAAAUUAAAAUUAACUGAUAGUCCAUUAGUUAAAACUAUUGAACAAUAUUUUUUGAUAAAACCAUUACAAACAAGUAAUACGAGUGAUGAUCCAAUGAAUAAUGGUGAAAAAAGUAAUCCAAUAGGUAAACUUCAAGAAUUAACACAAAAAAAUUGGAUUCGACCACCUGAAUAUGAAUUUUUCGAUCAAGAAAAUUCUUCUGUACCUAAUUCAAAAAUUUAUUCAUGUCAAGCUAAAGUUGCUACUUAUACAGCUGAAGGUAAUGGUCUAUCAAAAAAGAUAGCUAAACGUCAAGCAGCUACAAAUUUAUUGAAUAUAUUAGAAAAUCUUGGACCUGAAGAAAAGAAAGCUUUACUUAAUCGUACUGAAGAACAGAAUGAUCUGGAUUAUUCGCAAUCUCAUUCGAAAUAUCGUCGAUCACGACGUAAACCUAAUGAUUCAAGUCUACUUGAUGCAAAUACUAUACGUGGUACCGGUUCGGCUCGAUCAAAUCGUUUGUAUGAUAAAAACUCAUUUCAUAUAAUGAAAAAUAGUGAUUUACCUUAUAUAAAGAAAUUACUUUCUGAUGAUUUUCAUCAAGAAUUAUCGCAAUCAUAUGAAAUAUUUCAAUAUCUUGCACAAGAACAAAAUUUUACAUAUGAAUUUAUUCAAUUAUCAACGAUUAACGAAGGAUCUAUUGAAUUAUUACUUGAAGUUCGUCUCAUGCCUGUAUCUGUCUUCCAUGGUUAUGGUGAAACAUUUGAUUUAGCUCGACAACAUGCUGUUAAUUUAGCAUUAAAAUAUAUUCGAUGUGUUUCUAAACAAUAUCAACAACAACAUUCAACAUCUGUAAUCACGAGUACACCAUUAAUGCAACCGACCGCAUAG